GUCUCAAUAUCUUCUUCUUCUUCUUCUUUAACUCCAUAUGCUCAUACAUUCUGCUCUCUGUUCGCCGCCGUAUAGACUCGAGAGGUUUCACUUCUCAACUUUGACACCAUAACGAGCUCAGCUGACUCAGCAAUGGCCGACCGAGUCCACCAUCGCGACUCGCCGGAGCCCGAUUCGCCGAGGAAGCCCCUCUCCCCGCUCGAGGACACGCCGGUCCCUCCCCCGGUCCCGGGCACCUACGUGAUCCAAAUCCCCAAGGACCAAAUCUACCGCGUCCCUCCACCGGAGAACCAAGGCCGCUACAAGCGGUACUCCCGCCGGGAGACCCGCCCCCUCCGGCGCUGCUGCUGCUGCUCCGUCGUCGCAGUCGCCGCGCUGAUCGUCCUCCUCGCCGCCGCCGCCGGAAUCUUCUACCUCGUCGUGAGGCCGCAGUCGCCGGACUACGCCGUCAGCGGCAUCUCGAUCGGCGGGCUCAACCUGACGUCCUCCUCGCCGGUCUCGCCGGCGAUGGACGUCGCUGUCAGGGCCAACAACCCGAACGACAAGAUCGGGAUCUACUACCUCGAAGGAAGCUCCGCGGAAGUCUACUACACCGGCAUCAAGCUCUGCGACGGCGCUCUGCCGGUGUUUUACCAACCGGCGAACAACGCGACGGUGUUCGACGCGGCGUUGAAGGGCGGGGCCAUGGUUUUGACGAGCGAAUUGCGGCAGGCGCUGGUGAGCGAUCAGACCCAAGGGAGAGUGCCGUUGACGGUGAAGGUAACGGCCCCGGUGAAGCUCAAGUUGGGGGCUCUGAAGACGUGGAAGAUUACCGUUAAGGUGACGUGUGACGUAACGGUCGAUAAGCUGACGUCGACGGCAAAGAUUGGAUCCAGGGAAUGUCAUUAUGGGGUCGAUAUAUUCUGAGGAAGAUGGUUUAUUUUGUCGCAUUAGAAUAUAAUAAUGACUGUUUAAUUAUUCUUUUGAGCGAAGCCUGUGACCUUUGUAGCUCGUCGUGUAAAUUUCGUCGUACAAAAAUCGACUUACGGUUAGAAAAAAAAGAAACGGAUUUAAUUAA